UUUCAAACAGGUACGAAAGAGAUCGUUCGAGCGGAUUUGGCCUUUAAAUCCUAAUAUUCGCCAUAUGUUUGUUGUUAAACUUAUAUCCUACUGACGCUACUGUCUGUGCGCUGUGCCUACUGUAUCGUUAGAGGUCAGUAUGCUGAAUGGAGACUUGCCAAAAACUCCUCCAGGAGGAGGAGGGAAGAAGAGAUUGUCUGUGGAGCGGAUUUAUCAGAAGAAAACACAACUGGAGCACAUUUUGUUACGACCCGAUACUUACAUAGGUUCUGUGGAACCUGUUACACAAGCAAUGUGGGUAUAUGAUGAGGGGGAGGGUAUGGUAAACAGGGAAAUCACUUUUGUACCCGGUCUUUACAAAAUAUUUGAUGAGAUUCUCGUCAACGCAGCCGACAAUAAACAGAGAGAUCCGAAAAUGUCAACAAUCAAAAUCACAAUUAACCCUGAGAAGAACUUAAUCUCAGUAUGGAAUGAUGGUAAAGGUAUUCCUGUAGUUGAACACAAGGGAGAGAAGAUGUAUGUUCCCGAGAUGAUCUUCGGACAUCUUCUAACAUCCAGUAAUUACGAUGAUGAUGAUAAGAAAGUCACUGGUGGCAGAAAUGGUUACGGGGCAAAACUCUGCAACAUUUUCAGCACCAAGUUUAAAGUAGAAACGGCAUCUAAAGAUGAAAAGAUGUAUUUCUCCCAGUCAUGGUCAAAGAACAUGUCAAAAGCUCAUGACAAAAAAAUUGUCUCAUAUGAAAAACCGGACUUCACCUGUGUGACAUUUCAUCCAGAUCUAGAGAAAUUCCACAUGGAAAGUUUAGACAAAGACACAGUUGCUUUGUUGUCACGCAGAGCUUAUGAUAUAGCAGGGUCUACAAGCGGGGUCAAGGUUUUUCUAAAUGGUUCAAAGUUACCAGUCAAAAAUUUCAAGGACUAUGUUCAGUUAUAUGUGGCACAGAUGCGAGAUGAUAAUGGGGAGCCAUUUAAAGUAAUUCAUGAACAAGUGAACCCACGUUGGGAGAUCUGCCUUACCUCAUCGGACAAAGGGUUUCAGCAAGUUAGUUUCGUGAACAGUAUUGCUACAACUAAAGGUGGAAGACACACAGAUUAUGUGAUUGAUCAAGUGACGAAAAAAUUAAUCGAGGUUGUAAAAAGAAAGAACAAAGGAGGUGUGGAGGUUAAGCCUUUCCAGAUUAAAAAUCAUUGCUGGCUAUUCGUGAACUGUCUUAUCGAGAAUCCAACAUUUGAUUCUCAAACCAAGGAAAAUAUGACACUACAAGCAAAGAAGUUUGGUUCAAAGUGCAACCUCACAGAAAAGUUUUUAAAAAUGGCCAGCAGCAGUGGGAUCGUGGAUAACAUUAUGAACUGGGUGAAAUUUAAAGCUCAGAGUCAACUACAGAAGAAAUCAGCAGGAAAGUCAAAUAAACUUAAAGGUGUACCAAAGCUGGAUGACGCAAAUGAUGCCGGCACGAGGCAUUCCCUUGAUUGCACACUUAUAUUAACGGAGGGGGACUCUGCCAAAACAUUGGCCGUGUCAGGACUCUCUGUUAUUGGUAGGGAUAAGUACGGAGUAUUUCCGCUGCGUGGUAAACUUCUCAAUGUAAGGGAUGCAUCGCAUAAACAGAUAAUGGACAACAUAGAAAUCAACCACAUAAUCAAGAUAAUGGGGCUUAAAUACAACAAGAAAUACGAAACAGACGAUGAUUUAAAAUCAUUGAGAUACGGAAAACUUAUGAUAAUGACAGAUCAGGAUCAUGAUGGCUCUCACAUCAAAGGAUUGUUGAUCAAUUUCAUUCACACUAACUGGCCAAAAAUGCUACAGAGAAGAAUGCUUGAAGAAUUCAUCACCCCCAUUGUUAAAGUGACAAAGGGAAGUCAAGUUCUUUGUUUUUACACAAUCCCGGAGUUUGAAGACUGGCAGAACACGAUAGAAAAUCCAAAGUCCUGGAAAGUGAAAUACUACAAAGGACUGGGAACGUCUACAUCAAAAGAAGCUAAGUCAUACUUUGCAGAUAUGCUGCGUCAUCGUGUCAGAUUCCGAUAUUCUGGAGCUGGUGAUGACGGCUGUAUUGAUAUGGCUUUUAACCGAAAACGUGCGGACGACCGAAAGGAAUGGCUUACCAACUUUAUGGAAGAAAGAAGAUUAUGUAGAUUAGACGAUCGACCUGAACCUGGUACUGAUCUCUACUCAGCUGAUACUAGAACCCUCUCGUACUCGGAUUUCAUUAAUAAGGAGCUUGUGAUGUUUUCAUGUGCUGAUCUUGAACGUUCAGUACCUUCGUUAUGUGAUGGUUUAAAACCUGGCCAGCGAAAAGUUCUGUACACUUGUCUGCGACGUAACGACAAACGGGAAGUGAAAGUCGCCCAGUUAGCUGGCUCCGUCGCUGAAUUAUCAGCUUACCAUCAUGGAGAGCAAUCUUUAUUGGGCACAAUAAUCAACAUGGCGCAAAACUACGUGGGUUCCAACAACCUUAAUCUGUUACAACCUAUCGGACAGUUUGGAACAAGAUUACACGGCGGAAAAGAUGCUGCGUCGCCCCGUUAUAUCUUUACCAUGCUAAGUCCCUUGACCCGUCUUCUCUUCCCACAAGUUGACGAGAAUUUACUGACGUGGCAAUAUGAUGAUAACCAGAAGGUUGAACCAUCAUGGUAUUGCCCCAUCAUACCCACAGUAUUAGUGAAUGGUACUGAAGGUAUAGGGACAGGAUGGUCAACUAGAGUUCCAAACCACGAUAUCAGAGAAGUUGUGAAGAAUAUUAAAAGAUUAAUUAAUGGGGAAGAACCAGUUCCUAUGCUACCAAGUUACAAAAACUUCCGUGGUACCAUUGAAGAAGUUGAAGCGAAUCGUUACGUGGUAUCGGGUGAAGCCGCACUCAUCGACGAUCAAACUGUAGAAAUAACUGAGCUUCCUAUUAAAUCAUGGACACAGGCUUACAAGGAGUCCGUGUUGGAACCACUGGUUGCGGGCACCGAUAAAGCUCCUCAACAAAUCUUAGAAUACAAGGAAUAUAACACGGAUAUCACUGUGAGGUUCCUUGUCAAAAUGGGAGCAGAUAAAUUGAAAACAAUGGAAAGAAGUGGACUUCAUAAGUUUCUAUCACUACAGAAUUCACUGAGCUGUAAUAACACUUUGGUUCUUUUUGAUGAGUUUGGUCGUUUACGCAAAUUCAACACCACGGUCGAAAUCUUACUUGAAUUUUAUAAAAUUCGUUCCAAACUUUACGAAAAACGAAAGGAUUUUCUCACUGGGUUGCUUACAGCGGAGGCGGCGAAACUUACCAAUCAGGCGAGGUUUAUUGUCGAGAAAAUUGAGGGAAAAAUCAGCAUAUUUAACAAGCCAAAGAAAGUGUUGAUCAAGAUGUUGGUUGAUAAUAAUUACGACUCUGAUCCUGUGAAAGCUUGGAAAAACAGUAUUGCUAAGAAAGUUGAAGAGAGGGCAUCUGAUGAGGAAGAGGAAGAAGUGGAAGAUAAUAAAGGUCCGGACUUUAACUACAUCCUCAGUAUGCCUCUGUGGAGUUUGAGCAAGGAGAGAAAAGAUGAACUUCUAAAACAGCGAGACGCAAAAUGUGGCGAACUUGAAGAAUUAAAGAAGAAAACACCGACACGGUUGUGGUUGGAUGACCUGGAUAAGUUUAUGGAGGAAUUAGAUAAAGUGGAACAAAAAGAGCGGGAAGAUGCGAUGAUGUCCACUGAGGAUGCUCCCAAGAAGAAGACGAUGUUCGGAGUAAAGGGAAGAGGGAAGGGGAAGAUGGUUGAGAAGAAGGAGACGAAGCCAUCGGAAGAUGCGAUCCGUGUGGAACCGGUUAUUGAUGCAGCGUUGAAAGCAAGAUUGACAACGCAAGAGAAGAAACCGAGGAUUAAGGUGAAAAAGGAAGACACCUCCAUGAAAAAGAUGGAUACUUUCUUUAAGAAGGAGGGGAAAUCAGAUACUGAAACAACAACAGACGCUACAGACACGAAUGACAUCGAUGCAGACGAACCACCAUCUUUAUUCAGUAGACUCAAAAAAACAGGUGUAAAAGUUGGCACCAAACAAACUACUCUUGGCUUCAAACCAAACACAAAGAGCAAAACUUCAUCGGGGGGUUCGGGCUCCGACAGCGAUUUCAAAAUUGCUGCAAGCGACAAUGACUCGGAUAAUUUGGGGCUGAGUCGUGCAAAGCCAAAGCGCACAGUCAAAACGAUCGUAAAAACAACAAUUGAUUUAAAUUCUGAUGAAGAAGACUUGAAAGUGGAUGCAGAGGUUGAUGAAAAAGAUGAAGAUUUUGAGAUUAAAGAAUUCUCCGAUGAGGAUGUUGGUGAAACAAAGAAAAAAGUUGAUGCGUUUGAUUUGAUGAUGGGGACAGGUGACUCAGAUGUUGAGCCCAAGAAACCACUUAAGAGAAAAAUGAAGCUACAGCCAACUGGGAAUGGUGACAGUUUAAAAGAAGUUAAACCAUCGAAGGUUGCCAAUGUACAGAAGUCUGAUGCAGGAAAAGAGAAGAAAAAGAAAGCUCCUGUGAAGAGAAAGGCAAUUUCGAGCGUCGACUUUUCAGAUGAAGAUGGCAGUGACGAAGAAAAAGUUCCAAAACCAAAAAGAUCUCCCAAAAAAUCUCCUUCAAAAAAAGCAAAGUUUUCGAAGAAGAAGAAGAGUUGGUCUGACAGUGAAGAUGGAGAAGAAUUCAACAUCAGCGAUCCGGACACACCCGUACAGAAGAGAGUCACAUCGGGGCGACAGAGGAAACAGACGAAGUACAUCUUUAACAGUGAUGAUGAGGACAGCGAUUUUUGAAAAAAAAACUAUAAAAAAUAGUUUUUGCACGGAUUUCAAAUUUCAAAAAAAAAUUCACGACUGUUUUGUUUUAAUGGACUUUACCUUUCUACAAUACAAAGUGAACUGUUCUAUCCAAUAAAAGCCCUACUUAACCACAUCUUACCGUCUUAAUUUUGCGGUUUUAAAUUAAACUUUUAUGUAAGUCUGACCAUUUACUUGUUCUGCUACUGCCACAGUUUUUGUUUCAUUUUUGCAAUUUCUUCAUGAAAAGUAAACCAG